GUGUGGGUUUCGCUGUGGCGGCGAAGGUGCGUGCCGCUCCAUGUGAUACUAAACUUAAGCUGUUGUGUACAAAGUUAUACAUUAUUCGUUGUGAUAGUUAUCCAAAUAGACUACAGCAAAGAUGUCAUUCCGACUGGUUCGACAAAGCAAGUUCCGUCACGUAUAUGGCACCUGCUUAAAAAGGGAACAGUGCUUUGAUAAUAUUCGAGUAAGCAAGUCAUCAUGGGAUUCCACAUUUUGCGCCGUCAAUCCAAAGUUCUGCGCCAUUAUAGUAGAAUCAGGUGGAGGCGGAGCAUUCAUUGUCCUACCACUCAGCAAAUUAAAUAAGACUACUAUUCUAUCGAAGAAAGCAUCGACGGCUGGGCGUAUACCCCCUGAUCAUCCACUGGUAGGUGGACACAAAGGCCCUGUGCUGGACAUCGCCUGGGAUCCCUUCAACGACAAUGUCAUAGCUUCAGGGUCAGAAGAUUGCGUCGUUAAAGUCUGGCAGAUCCCUGACCAUGGCCUGGUAACGACCAUGACAGAACCAGUAGUUGACCUCGUCCACCACCAGCGGCGAGUUGGCCUGGUUCUAUGGCACCCAACAGCAAAUAAUAUCCUCCUCUCAGCUGGCUCAGAUAAUGUGAUUGUCAUCUGGAAUGUGGGCUGUGGUGAAGCUCUGAUCACCAUUGAUUCAGUUCAUCCAGACCUCAUCUAUUCAUGUAGUUUCAACUGGGAUGGCUCACUCCUCCUAACCACCUGCAAAGACAAAAAGAUCAGGAUCAUCAACCCAAGGGAUGGUGAAGUGUUUGAGGAAGCAACAUCUCAUGAAGGGAGCAAGGCCACACGUGCCAUCUUCCUCCGAAAUGGACUGGUCUUUACCACAGGAUUCAGCAAGAGAUCAGAGCGACAGUAUUCUCUCCGCGCCCCAGGCCACCUCGAUGACCCCAUCACAAUGGUAGAGCUGGACUCUUCCAAUGGUGUAAUGUUCCCUAUGUAUGAUCCAGAUUCUAACCUAGUUUUCCUUUGUGGCAAAGGUGACAGUGUUAUCCGUUAUUUUGAGAUCACACCAGAAGUGCCAUUUGUCCACUACAUCAACACCUUCCAGUUACCAGAUCCACAGCGAGGUAUUGGCAUGAUGCCCAAACGAGGUGUUGAUGUCACCACAUGUGAAAUCACCCGAUUCUACAGGCUCAACAACAAUGGCUUCUGUCAAAUCAUCACCAUGACCGUGCCAAGAAAGUCAGAGUUGUUCCAAGAGGACUUGUACCCAGAUACCCCAGGAGAUAUUCCAGCAGUGUCUGCAGAAGAGUGGUGGGAAGGUGUCUCAAAGGAACCCAUUCUCAUGUCAUUAAAAGAUGGUUAUCAAGCCACACAAAAGUCUGAGCUCAAAGUUACCAAAAAGAAGACCAACAUCUUAGAUAAGAUGCCACCCACUGGGAAGGUGAAGUCUGAAGAAGAUGGAAAAGCAGUUGCUGUUUCUACAGAAGCAUUGGAGAAGGUCAAAGAGGUCACCAAAGUCAAUGAUGACUUGCGGAAGAAGAUUGACGAGUUGCAGUCAGAGAUGAAGAAGUUCAAGGCAGUGUUCUUGAAACAAGAGAAUCGCAUUAGGGUCUUGGAGACCAAGCUCGGAGAGCUGACUUCUACUGGCGCACCCCAGACUCAACAGCAGGCCCCAAGCACUCUCUCUGCAAAUACGGUCAACAACAAUUGUGACAUGGCCCCAGACGAAGUGUAGAUUGCAGAAGCUACCAGAACUGAGUCCUUCUCAUACACAAAGUUGGUGAUGUCUGUGUGAAUUGUGAAGCGUUUUCACUCAUACCUUUGUAAAUUUCCUUACAUCACAUUAUAGUCAGUUACUAAGAUAAGAGGAGUCUUCUUGCAAGCUAGAUGUGCCCAAAGCACUUCUUGCUCAAGCAUCUCCCUGCUUGGUACACCCCAAUGAAGAGUAUGGCUCGAUGAGCAUCUUAAUAUUUCAGCCAUGUGGCAAACAUUCUUGAGAAAGGUUGUACUCUAUCCUUAUCCUUAAGGCUGUUUCUCAAGAGACCAGUGACUGUGGUGCAUUGAUUGUUUAUAGUCAUGUGACCCAAGUGAGUGUGAAGGCCUUGUAUAUAGUGUGUUUUAAGGACUGUCACAAGUCCAUUGCUCAGUAGUAACCAACCAGCUGACCCAGCCUAAGCCUAGCCAACUUCCUUCCAUUAAUAUCCUCAUUACUGGUUGUUGUAUGUUCACUACCCUCUAGGAUGCUAGUAUCCUUGUUCUGUUGCCCCAACUUAACUAGCUAACAGGACCUCAUCAGCAUCACAUUACUAAUGAUAACCCUUCAAUUAUUGUGAUCUCGGAUGUGAUUGUUAACAUUAAAUAUAAGUAUAUUUAAUAGGCAGUCAUUACCUGAAUCCAAUUAAUGUGGGAGGGGAAAUAUCUGCUGUACAAACUAUCUGUACAAAAUUGUACAAUAUAUAAUACUUGUUUCCUUACAAAAGUAGGUAGAUAGAUAAAACCAAAUGAUUCAGUAUAUUCUUGAUGGUGCAGGAAUUUCUGAAUCAAAAAUGUUUGAUGCACUGGCUCAGCUGAAGUUGCUGGCAGUGGCUCAGAGUAGUUCCUAUGCAGUGUCCGCUUAUUAACACCCACUAGUGAGGUUGAGUGUAGCUUUAUCUUCUAUAAUCAAUAGGUUGAACAUGUCCAUCAGGUUAUUGUUGCAGUGAAUUACAACUGCAGCUUCUUUCAGCCCAAAUUUUGAAGCUUAAAGUUUCUGUAUGAAGACCUCCAAAAAGAGAGACAGGGAGGUCUGCAGUAAGCCAUAUUGUCAGUGUUGGUCAGGCUAGCUUGCUCCAUUACCAUGAUUUGACCUGACUCAAGUGUUUCAGGAUUUGGGCUCAACUCUUCACUUCCUUCCAUUAUUCCUUGGUAUGAAUUUUAUACCCAGGAUUAUUUGGUGAUUUAAACUACUAUUUAUUAAUUCUGUAUUUGUGUUAGACUAAUGCUUCUCAACUUUGAUGAGAAGAACUUGGAGCAGAGGCACACACCUGGUUUCUUCUGAGUUAACAGAGCCAAAUGUUGAAUGAAGGGUAUUUUAUGCUAUUACUAUUUUCAGAUAUUUUUAGAAGAAAAUUGUAUAUUCGAUGUUUUUGAUUUAUUACUAUGUUUAAUUUAUUUCUUUGUUCCUGUAACCCUGAUCAUGCACCUUCAUUGCUUUCAAAAACCCUUACAUUUUUCCUUUGUCUUUGGCCAAGUGUCUUGUCUUGUAAUUGUUCCAGUAGAGGUGCUCAAAAUUAGCACAUAUUGUGUUUCUACAGCUUAUAAUGUCUCGCAGGUGGUAAAGUUUAAUUGUUGGGUUCCUAGAGUCACUUGUUGCUUAUGCCUCAUGAACAGGGAUAUUGUUAGUCAUUUUGUCCUCUGUAAAUUCCUCUUCUCAUUCGUAAAUGAAAUUGUAAUGAUGGAGCCAUAAAAUAUGUGCAAUUGUGUAAGACAAAUUAAAAAGUCAGUGUUUUCUACCUACUUAAGAGGAAAUGUCCUUUAUCCCUUUUUUUUUUUUUACUUAUUACUUUAAAAUUAUUCAUUUUGUCAUGCAAACUUAGGUAAGCUGUAGAUAAGAGAAUCCCUUGUUUUGUUGAAACCAAAGCCUUUGUUAAAUAGCUGUUGGGAUAAUAUACCAGAGCUAUAUAUUUGAUUUCUUUGAAAGUUUUCCUUGUUAUCAUACAAAGAGGAAUAUGCAAUCUUUUGUGUUUUAUGGUUUCCCCACUAUAAUUGAAUUUGAAGUAGAAAUUUUUGAAAAUUGAAAGAGUGCAUUUUUUCUGAGGUGAUAACAUGCUUUGCAACAGUAAUUCUCUAUUGUUGUGUUCAGGAGUAAGGAGUGGGGUUGUGAAUCAUUCAACUGAACUCAAAACUUCAUUUUUCAGUUUAUUAUUAUUUUUUUUUAUUGGUUACUUAAUAUGUCUUGUGGUUUUAGCAACAAUAUGCAAAUCUUAUUAUGAAUUUGUAAAUUUUAAUUUGACA